AUGCCUGUGUUUUUCAUCCGAGAUGGGAUGAAGUUCCCUGACAUGGUCCAUGCUUUCAAGCCAAGUCCAAAGACCAACAUGCAGGAGAACUGGAGAAUAGUUGACUUCUUCUCGCACCACCCGGAGAGUCUGCACAUGUUCACCUUCCUCUUUGAUGAUGUUGGCAUUCCACUCAACUACAGGCACAUGGACGGUUUUGGUGUCAACACCUACACCUUAAUCAGCAGGGAUGGAAAGGCGCACCUUGUUAAGUUCCAUUGGAAGCCUACAUGUGGUGUCAAGUGCCUCUUAGAUGAUGAAGCCGUUACUGUUGGAGGCACCUGCCACACCCAUGCCACAAAGGACCUGACUGAUGCUAUUGCAGCUGGGAAUUACCCAGAAUGGAAGCUCUUCAUUCAGACCAUUGAUGCUGAUCAUGAGGAUAGAUUUGACUUUGACCCUCUUGAUGUCACCAAGACCUGGCCAGAGGAUAUCAUCCCACUGCAACCAGUUGGACGGAUGGUCCUGAACAAGAACAUCGAUAAUUUCUUCGCAGAAAACGAACAGCUUGCUUUCUGCCCAGCAGUCACUGUCCCUGGAAUCCACUACUCUGAUGAUAAGCUGCUCCAGACAAGGAUUUUCUCCUAUGCUGAUACCCAAAGGCACCGUCUCGGUCCAAACUACUUGAUGCUUCCUGUGAAUGCCCCGAAAUGUGCUCACCACAACAACCAUCAUGGUGGCUUAAUGAAUUUCAUGCACAGGGAUGAGGAGGUGAACUACUUCCCUUCAAGGUUUGAUUCUACUCGUCAUGCUGAACAGUACCCUAUUCCUCCUCGUGUUCUGUCUGGCUGCCGGGAAAAGUGUAUUAUCGAGAAAGAGAACAAUUUCAAGCAGGCUGGCGAGAGAUACCGUUCCUUCGACCCUGCCAGCAAGACCGUUUCCUCCAGCGGUGGGUUGAUGCGCUCACUGAUGCUCGCGUAA